GAGACCAAGCCGCUGCUGGCGGGCGACGCGCCGGGCCCCGACGCCCCCAGCGCGAAGAUGGGCGCCGGGCCGUGCCGCCGGGCGCUGCUGCUGUGCAACGGCAUGCGCUACAAGCUGCUGCAGGAGGGCGACAUCCAGGUCUGUGUCAUCCGCCACCCGCGCACCUUCCUCAGCAAGAUCCUCACCUCCAAGUUCCUCCGGCGCUGGGAGCCGCACCACCUCACGCUGGCCGACAGCAGCCUGGCCUCCGCCACGCCCACCGGCUACAUGGAGAACUCGGUGUCCUACAGCGCCAUCGAGGAUGUGCAGCUGCUAUCGUGGGAGAAUGCCCCGAAGUACUGUUUACAGCUCACGAUUCCUGGGGGGACUGUCCUGCUGCAGGCUGCCAACAGCUACCUGCGUGACCAGUGGUUCCAUUCUCUGCAGUGGAAGAAAAAGAUUUACAAGUACAAGAAAGUCCUGAGUAACCCGAGCCGCUGGGAGGUGGUUCUGAAGGAGAUCCGCACGCUGGUGGACAUGGCGCUCACUUCCCCGCUACAGGAUGACUCCAUCAACCAGGCACCCCUGGAAAUCGUCUCCAAACUGCUCUCUGAGAACACAAACUUGACUACCCAAGAGCAUGAGAACAUCAUCGUGGCCAUCGCUCCUUUGCUGGAAAAUAACCACCCGCCCCCAGAUCUCUGUGAAUUCUUCUGCAAGCACUGCAGGGAGCGGCCCCGGUCUAUGGUUGUCAUCGAAGUGUUCACCCCCGUGGUCCAGAGAAUCCUUAAGCAUAACAUGGACUUUGGGAAAUGCCCGCGCCUGCGGCUCUUCACUCAGGAGUACAUCCUGGCACUCAACGAGCUCAAUGCAGGCAUGGAAGUGGUGAAGAAGUUUAUCCAGAGCAUGCACGGUCCCACUGGGCACUGCCCUCACCCCCGGGUCCUGCCCAACCUGGUCGCUGUGUGCCUGGCCGCCAUCUACUCUUGCUACGAAGAGUUCAUCAACAGCCGAGACAACUCCCCGAGCCUGAAGGAGAUCCGGAACGGCUGCCAGCAGCCCUGUGACCGGAAGCCCACCCUGCCCCUGCGCCUUCUGCACCCCAGCCCGGACCUGGUGUCUCAGGAAGCCACGCUGUCCGAGGCGCGGCUCACGUCGGUGGUUGUGGCCUCCAGCGAGAUCCACGUGGAGGUGGAGCACAGCAGCACUGCCAAGCCGGCGCUCACGGCCAGCACGAGCGACAGCGAGCCCAACCUCAUAGACUGCCUCAUGGUCAGCCCCGCCUGCAGCACCCUGAGCAUCGAGCUGGGACCCCAGGCCGACCGCACGCUCGGCUGCUACGUGGAGAUCCUCAAGCUGCUGUCAGACUAUGAUGACUGGAGACCAUCUCUCGCCAGCUUGCUUCAACCCAUUCCGUUCCCCAAAGAAGCCCUUGCACAUGAGAAGUUCACCAAGGAACUGAAGUACGUGAUUCAGAGGUUCGCCGAAGACCCCCGACAAGAGGUGCAUUCGUGCCUGCUGAGUGUGCGGGCUGGCAAGGACGGUUGGUUCCAGCUCUACAGCCCUGGAGGGGUGGCCUGUGAUGACGAUGGGGAGCUGUUCGCCAGUAUGGUGCACAUCCUCAUGGGCUCCUGUUACAAGACCAAAAAAUUCCUGCUCUCCCUGGCGGAAAACAAGCUGGGACCCUGCAUGCUCCUGGCCCUGAGGGGCAACCAGACCAUGGUGGAGAUCCUGUGCCUCAUGCUGGAGUACAACAUCAUCGACAACAACGACACGCAGCUGCAGAUCAUCUCCACGCUGGAGAGCACCGGCACGGGCAAGCGCAUGUAUGAGCAGCUCUGCGACCGGCAGAGGGAGCUGAAGGAGCUGCAAAGGAAAGGCGGGCCCACCAGGCUAACACUGCCCUCCAAGUCCACAGAUGCAGACUUGGCUCGUCUGCUGAGCUCUGGCUCCUUCGGAAACCUGGAGAACCUCAGUUUGGCCUUCACCAAUGUAACCAGUGCCUGCGCCGAGCACCUCAUCAAACUGCCUUCUCUCAAGCAGCUCAACCUGUGGUCCACUCAGUUCGGGGACGCCGGCCUGCGGCUCUUGUCGGAACACCUCACCAUGCUCCAGGUGCUCAACCUGUGUGAGACGCCCGUCACCGACGCCGGCCUGCUGGCCCUCAGCUCCAUGAAAAGUCUCUGCAGUUUAAACAUGAACAGCACCAAGCUCUCGGCCGACACCUAUGAGGAUCUGAAGGCCAAGCUCCCCAACCUGAAGGAGGUGGACGUGCGCUACACAGAAGCCUGGUGAAGCGGCCACGAAGCUCACUCUAGACAUAGCGCGGCCAGGCCUGGGGGCAUCCUGCCCCAGCGUCCUGGCUGUGAGAUAGAG